AAUAACAAAAGUCAUAUUGCAGAAAUAUUUUUAAAAUAAUCUUAUUUAAUGAGGAUAAAUUAAAUAAUAGAAUUUAGUUGAAAACAGAUGUGAACAAAGUGUUAUCAGUUGGAGAUUUCCAACAAAAAAUAAUCUAGACCUUGAGCUGUAGCCUCAAAGGACGUAAAAAGACACGAAGAAAGUGAUAGCCGUGUUCUAGUGAAAAUGAUGUACUCACCUGACAAGAUGAUGGGAAGUAAAGGUCUCCACGGGACACCUAUAUCAGCACCUGGUUGCUUUCCUUCCGGAAGAUAUUCACCACCUUCCUAUCGUACAGCACCAGAUCCAAUGCCACCACCGCCGCCGCCAAGACGAUGUAUGCCAAAUCCACCGAGUCGAAUACUUGACGAUGCCUCCAUAAUGUGCAAUUCAUGGUCGCCAAGGCAUAACGGUGAUUUAUUUGGUGGCUUGAAUAGUGGACUUCAGGAUGGAUUGCUUUCACGAGCAGAAGCUUUAGCUGCAGAUCUUGGGAAGCACAAUGCUGGCACACCAAUGCCAUUAAAGCAUGAUCCUGUAUCUGUUUACCACCAUGGAGCUCAUAUGCCUAGUCCACAUCCCAAUAAUCGGCCGCACCAUCAGGUACAAUCACACCUGUUUAUGAGUCAUCCAGGGAUGGAGAGUCUGGAUAUGUUGGAUCCAGCCAAUUCCAUGACGACGUUAACUCCAAUGUCUGAAGGAGGUGGAGGUGGAGGAGGAGCACCAGGUCAUCACGGUGGUAUCCAUGGGCCAUCAGUUUACGGUGGAAUGAAUGGUAUGAUGAGCCAUCAUCAUCAUGCAAAUAUUGCAGGAAGUGUUCCUCAUCCCCAUCACCACCCAGCAAUGGCUGCGGCUGCUGCGGCUGCAGCUGCAGCUGGACUUCAUCCGGAUGCUGACACAGACCCUCGUGAGCUCGAAGCUUUUGCUGAGAGGUUUAAGCAGAGACGCAUCAAACUUGGAGUAACCCAAGCGGAUGUGGGGAAAGCAUUGGCAAAUCUGAAGCUACCAGGUGUAGGAGCAUUAUCCCAAUCGACGAUAUGUCGUUUUGAAUCUCUUACUCUUUCACAUAACAACAUGAUCGCGUUGAAACCUAUUCUUCAAGCAUGGUUAGAAGAAGCUGAAGCACAAGCUAAAAAUAAAAGACGUGAUCCAGAUGCUCCAUCGGUUUUACCUGCUGGAGAAAAAAAACGAAAACGUACAAGUAUUGCUGCACCGGAAAAACGCUCAUUGGAAGCGUUUUUUGCAGUGCAACCACGACCUUCAGGUGAAAAAAUAGCAGCGAUUGCUGAGAAGCUUGAUUUGAAGAAAAAUGUUGUGAGGGUUUGGUUUUGUAAUCAACGGCAAAAGCAAAAACGUAUGAAAUUUGCCGCUCAACAUUGACCAGAGAGCAGCUUGUGACAACAAAACUGACUAUACCCUCCACCACCUUCGACCACCAAUCUGGAGCCAAAACCUGAGCCUCUCAAUGAGUAUCAAGGAUGGCCAUAGGUGAAACAUUAAUAGUCGAAUGAUCUGGUGGUGGUGGUGGUAAAUGAGAUUGUUGUCGCAGCCUCAAAUCGUUUAAUUGUAAUAAAAUAAUUGAUCAAGAAAUAUCAUAAGAAGACAGCUUAAAAAAUCUUGAUUUAGAGUUAGAAAAUGAAACUUGAAUGCUCUUAGUGAACAAUUCAGUGCAGAGUUGAUGAAAGAAAGUGAUUAUUUUGAAAGACAAUUGUUGAUAAAGAUUUAAGUAAAAGUAAUAAUUGAUAAUUAAUGAAUUAAUUAAUAAUAAUAAGUAAAAUAAAAUAGUUUGAGAAGAGAGAGAUGAUAGUUUCCUCCCUCCGUCUGUCUUGCCUUUCACUCUCUCUCUCUCUCUUUUAUUUUAUUCUUCAUCUCCAUUUCUCCCUCUCGUUUUCUUUACAUCAUUCUUCUCCCAAUGCAGGAAAACACUCGCGGUCAAAUCGAUCAAACAUAUAACCCACUUACUCGUCCAUAGAGUCAUUUUAUACACAAACGACAGACAGGUUGGGUUAACUAAAAUACAAAGCUCGAUGAGCAAAAUAAAAGCUCACUAUCCCUUUCCCAUCAUAACUACCGGAAGUUACAGAAAAAUGUAUCUCCAAGUUAAAAUAAAAAAAAAACUGAUAAAAAAAUAGAAUAAACGCGCAUUACAGACUGACAGAAAUAUUAUUCCCACGCUCUUUUCUUUGCUUUAUAAACUCUAAACCUUUGGAAAAAAAACAGACGGAUGUACGAGGAAGCAUUUAUAUAUGUAUUUUGCAUAUAUAUAUAGAUAUAUACAUAAACGUAAAAUUACACAUUAAUAUUAACAAUCAUUUGGAAAAAAGUACAACUGAAAAAAAAAUAAAGAGAGUGGAGGAAAAUAACCUUUGGAAAAUAAGGAAGUUUGAAAAUUUUAAUAAAAAUAAAAGAAAAUGAAAAUUAAAAAUUUAAACAAUAUGUAUUUGUUAUAUUAGACU